UCGUUCAUCUCGUUACGUAGUGACGUGCAGUGUUUUGGCUGAGGAGAAGUUGCAGCUCGGUUCACUACCACUUGCACCAACUUUUACCCCUUUUACUUGGAAUUUUCAGUUCAAAAUGUUUAAAGAAUUGAAGGAAUAAUACACACUUAAUUACUUUGCUUAAAGGUGUUGUUUUAUCUAGCUGGCUCUUUGGACAGAGGAUGAGUCGUGCUGGAAUAUGAAGCUCUAUGGGCGGAUGGUAUAGCGCUAACGCUUAGCUACAUUUACACUUGAUACGGAGUGUGUCUCUCUCUGCCCUUGCUGAUUCAAAACAUACUUCACCAUCCUGCACUGCCUGUGGAAGUGUCGCUCCCCUCCAUCGCCUGUUGUCAUGGCGCCCAAGGACAUCAUGACCAAUUCACACGCCAAGUCCAUCCUGAAUGCCAUGAACGCCUUGAGGAAGAGCAACACUCUGUGUGACAUCACCCUGAGAGUGGAGAACACAGACUUUCCUGCCCACCGCAUUGUACUGGCAGCCUGUAGUGAUUAUUUCUGUGCCAUGUUCACUAGUGAGCUGGCAGAGAAGGGGAAGUCCUUUGUGGAUAUUCAGGGUCUCACAGCCUCCACCAUGGAGAUCCUUUUGGACUUUGUUUACACAGAGACAGUGUUGGUUACUGUAGAGAAUGUACAGGAGCUGCUUCCCGCUGCCUGCCUGCUCCAACUCAAAGGUGUGAAGAGGGCUUGCUGUGAUUUUCUCAACAGUCAGCUAGACCCAUCCAACUGUCUGGGCAUCCGAGAUUUUGCAGACACACAUAACUGCGUUGAUCUGAUGCAGGCAGCAGAUCUUUUUUCCCAGAAGCACUUUUCUGAGGUGGUGCAACAUGAAGAGUUCAUGCUCCUCAGUCAGAGUGAAGUGGAAAAGCUCGUCAAAUGUGAUGAAAUUCAGGUGGACUCUGAGGAGCCAGUGUUUGAAGCAGUGUUAAAUUGGGUAAAACACAACAGGAAAGAACGAGAGCCAUACCUGGCGGACAUGCUAGAAUACGUGCGCUUGCCUCUGCUCACACCACGCUACAUCACUGACGUUAUUGACUCUGAGCCUCUUAUUCGUUGUAGCCUAUCCUGUCGAGACCUUGUGGAUGAAGCCAAGAAAUUUCACCUGAGGCCUGAGUUACGCAGUGAAAUGCAGGGGCCUCGAACGCAACCCAGACUAGGUGCCAAAGAAGUGCUGUUGGUGAUUGGUGGGUUUGGCAGUCAGCAGUCACCCAUUGACGUUGUGGAGAAAUAUGAUCCCAAAACCCAAGAGUGGAGUUUUCUUCCUAACAUUGCACGAAAACGCCGUUAUGUUGCGACUGUUGCCCUCAAUGACCGUGUGUAUGUGAUUGGAGGCUAUGAUGGUCGAUCACGUCUCAGUUCAGUUGAGUGUUUGGACUACACAGCAGAUGAAGAUGGAGUUUGGUACACCGUUGCCACAAUGAACGUUCGACGAGGCCUGGCAGGAGCAACUACACUAGGAGAUAUGAUUUAUGUGGCUGGGGGGUUUGAUGGCAGUCGGCGGCACACCAGCAUGGAGAGAUACGACCCGAACAUUGAUCAGUGGAGUAUGCUGGGGGAUAUGCAGACAGCCAGAGAAGGAGCUGGGCUUGUAGUGGCCAGUGGACUCAUCUACUGCUUGGGUGGUUAUGAUGGAUUGAACAUCCUUAAUUCUGUGGAACGCUAUGACCCACACACUGGCCACUGGACCAGUGUGACUCCCAUGGCCAACAAACGUUCAGGGGCAGGGGUGGCUCUGCUAAAUGACCACAUUUAUGUAGUUGGAGGGUUUGAUGGCACAGCUCAUCUGUCUUCUGUAGAGGUUUAUAAUAUCCGGACAGACUAUUGGACUACUGUGGCCCCCAUGACUACUCCACGCUGCUAUGUUGGAGCCACUGUCCUUAGGGGACGACUGUAUGCCAUUGCAGGAUAUGAUGGCAACUCCCUGCUCAGCAGUAUCGAGUGUUACGAUCCUGUACUAGACAGUUGGGAGGUAGUGACUUCCAUGGCUACGCAACGCUGUGAUGCAGGGGUUUGUGUGCUCAGAGAGAAAUAAGCAUAUGGCUGCCAGAAACAGCUGAUGCCUAUAACUGGCCUAAUAAGUUGCCAUGACUAUGUGCCACGUGUAAUUAGCAUGGAAGAGGAUGCAACCUGGAAACUCAGAUAACGUUAACGCCUGUUUCGUUAUUACUGCAUAAUUUUAACUUCAGACCUUGGUUGUGUUGCCAUGUUUGUGAUGGGCGCACACUGUUGUCUGCCAAAAUGUCUGUACUCUCCAUCCAUUACCCUGUGAUUUUGUGGUGUCUGAGGUUAUUUGAGGUUCAUAUGGAUGAAGUUUAAAAAAGUGCAAUAUUUUAAACUACUGAUGUGUUAAAGACUAAAAAUGCAGAAGAACACAAUGUGUGCUUCAGUGGCUGCUGUUUUUAUACCUUAUUGCCCUUAUUUGUGGGCAAAUAUUUCAACACAUCACACCACAAGUCUUCUGGCUUUCCUACAUAAGAAUAUGAUGUAACAUUGAAAAAAUGGACAUAUAAAGGAAGACCACUGCUUCUGGCUGGAAAUGAACAAUGUACAAGGUUUCUGUGUUGGCACUAAUAUGUCUUCACUGUCCUUUCCUUCUUUAUUUGUUCUCCCAGCCUAUAUAAAGAGAAGUAAUAACCCCACUCCUUGCCUCACAUUUAAAGGUACAGUAAGUAGAAAGAAAGAAAUGUAAAGGAAAAGGUGUGAUCUUUUUUUUCAAACGAGGAAGUUUCCAGCCUUAGCCACAGUUACGUUACCAGCUUUGUUGCUAGCUAAGAUGCUAGCAGUGAAUAAGAAAUCUUUUUUUUUUCUUUUUCUUUUUUUUGGGGGGGGGGGGGUGUUACUUGGUGUACAUCAUUGGGAUUGAGAUACCGUGAACAUCACGAUCAUGUAUGUACUGUGUAUUAAGCUUUUUCUGUUUAAGUGCUUUCAAACGUGAAUCUGAAUGAAUGUAUGAAUUUACAUAAAUGUUCGUUAAACGAUCUUGAAUAUUUGUUAAUUAUUUGUAUUAUAAACAUAUAUGCUCAUUUUUUUUGAGUGGCCAACGACAUUUGCUGUUGUGUAAUGUUUUGCAAUAUGUAUGGUGCCAGGACUGACCUAAUUGUAAGUUGAAUAGUUUACCACCAAGUGUAAUAAAAUAUGUACAUCACUGGUCUCAUUAAAGUCCCAAUGGAUUUGCACGAGAGCCAUGAUCA